GGAUAGUCCAGGGGAUUACAUUGUCUACCUGCUUGUGAAGGAAUUAUUCACCUCCCUGGAAAAUACACUAAAGAGUUCUUGGAACAACAUCUUUGAGGGAGCCACAGCAGUUCUUAACCAUCAUCAACGCCAGUGACAUCAUUAGUAUUACUUGACCUGCUGCAGAAUUUCCAUCGGCACCAAGAGCGUGUUUUACAUAGUCAGUGAGACCAUGACCAGCAACUACAGCGCCACUCUGUUAGGACCCGCCCCCUGGGGCUUCAGGCUACAGGGGGGGAAGGACUUCAACAUGCCCCUCACCAUCUCUAGGCUGACAGAUAGUGGGAAGGCAGCAAAAGGCGGAAUUGCUGUUGGAGACCUGGUUCUGUCUAUUGAUGGCAUCGCUACAGAGGGCAUGAACCACCUGGAGGCCCAGAAUAAGAUCAAGAGCUGCACUGGUAACCUCAGCCUCAACCUGCAGAAGGCCCCAAGUGUUCCCAAACCUCCUCCUGUGGCACCAAAGGACGACAGAACAGACAUCAUAAAACCAGUCGCUCUUACCCAUCCACCACCACCAACACCCAAUCCUUAUCCUCACUCCUUCAGCCCCUCCAACCCUUUCACCACCCCCUACAACAAGCCCCCAAGACCUUAUGGGGUCUGCGGAAAAGAGAUUGAGUACCAUCCUCCACAGGCCCCUUAUACUCCCUUUAUUCCAUCCCCAUCCUCUGCCUUUACUCCUGCCUCAUCCCAGUCCUAUAGUCCCCCUUUUCCUCCUCCACCACCUCCUGUCUCUUACCCAUCCUCAUCCUCUCCCCCCUCCCCGCCUGUCCUUGUUCCGCCCCAGCCAUCAGUGUAUAACACGCCAAUCAACCUCUACUCAACUGAGAACGCAUGUGAAGUGGCCAUGGGGCAAAGGCGGGGCCUAUUGGAGAGUCAAGGUGGAGCCUUGCCUUUGCAGUCGAAUGGAGUGCCAAGGAAACACAUCGUAGACACAGACAUACAUUUUUACCAUGUGCCCACUCACGCUGAUGCCAGCAGGCAGCGCAUAAUGGAGGACACAGAGGACUGGCGCCCUCGCACUGGCACCACCCAGUCCAGAUCCUUCAGGAUCCUGGCUCAGAUCACCGGCACCGAGCACGCAGAAGAAUCUGAAUCCUCCAAAAAGACAAGUAAUGAAGAGGAAGAAGAGCCAGAAAUCAAUAGCCACGAGACGGCCGUAGUCAAGACAAUGAUCAAAGGACCUGCUACGACUCAUGGUUACGGUCCACGGACUGGAUUGAUCACACCGUCUUUUGGUAUGAAGGGUAAUGGAGGUGCCAGUGUCCCUAGGGGGCCUGUCCCAGCCCGACCUUUACCUCAGCCCCAUCCUAAAGACGAGGACACCCUGGUCCAGAUGGCAGAACACAUCCCUGCUGGAACUCGUACGCCUAUGUGCGCCCACUGCAACAUAGUCAUCAGGGGGCCAUUUUUGGUAGCAAUGGGGAAAUCAUGGCAUAAGGAGGAAUUUAACUGUGCCCACUGCCGUACAUCCCUGGCAGAUACCGGCUUUGUGGAAGAACAGGGGUCUGUGUAUUGUGAACAUUGCUAUGAAGAGUUCUUUGCUCCAACAUGCAGCCGCUGCCAGACAAAGAUACUGGGGGAGGUGAUAAAUGCCCUGAAACAGACGUGGCACGUCUACUGCUUUCUGUGCGCUUCCUGUCAGAAGCCUAUCAGAAACAACACCUUCCACCUGGAGGAUGGAGAACCAUUCUGUGAACAAGACUUCUACAACUUGUUCGGGACCAGCUGCCAUGGCUGUGAAUUCCCUAUUGAGGCUGGGGACAAGUUCCUGGAGGCCCUUGGCUACACCUGGCAUGACACCUGCUUCAUCUGUGCAGUGUGCUGCACCACUCUGGAGGGCCAGACCUUCUUCUCCAAGAGAGACAAACCUCUUUGCAAGAAACAUGCACACACACUGAAAAUAUGAAUCUUGAGACCUCUUUUCAUUUUUCUAGAUUUACAGUUACAGCUGGUGACAUAGGAAGUCCUCCAAACAGAAGUAUGUUCAUACAACCAUAAAACUCAAGCAAUAUUCAUACGGGUAGAAGUGGCUCUUGCAGGCCAGGAUAAGUGAGACACUGCUUGUAUGAAAAAUGAAAAAUUACAUGUUUGUGUCUAAGGAU